AUGACUUCGGAAGCCAUAGACGAGUCCACAGACGGCUUUGGGCAGGACACACCGGCGCCUCCCGCGAGGAAGUUCCACAGAGCGCGGUCGUCCUUGCGGAUGGACCCUGAGGAGGCUGCCGGCCUGGAGCUCGAGAACCGCCACCUCCGCCGGCGCGUGGCCGAGCUGGAGCAUGCCCUCGAGGCCAAGCACGACGGCUCGCGCGAGGGCCCGGAAAGCCAGGGCCAGUCGAAGCCGAAGUCGCCGCAGAAACUCCUCCAGGGGCUGGACUCCAGCGGCUCCGAGGAGUCGGACGAGGAGGCUCUGCGGGCCGAAAAGCGAAUGAAAGGGAUCGUGGUGUCGGGCAAGUGGAGGAAGCUGGCGGAGGGCAUGAAACGCUUGGUGCGCGAGCAAGACAUGGACGACAUCGAAGCCGAGAACGAAGAGUUGAAGGAGCAUGUGCUCCACUUGGAGGAGCGCUUGAAGCAGGUGAAGUUGGAGGCUCAUCGCCUGCAGCUGCAGGUGCAGGACGACGCUCGCGUUCAAAGCAGCUACAAAGACGCCCUGGUACACGCUCAGCAGCAAGUGGAGACAGCACAGAUGGAGACGGAUAUCCAGCGACGGAGGGCAGCAGAUCUAAAGGAGAUGCUGGAGCAAAUGGAGCUGGAGCUCAGCCUCGUCAAGCUGGACACAAGUCCAAAGCCCGCAAAGGAGUCUGUCGCUACACCCGAGACUGCCGAGGACGGACCUCGAGUUGGAAGGCUCAGUGACUCAGAGGACGAGGCUGACCACCUCGCAGUGCAGCUCGCCCGAGGUACGAACCCAGGCAGCCCAGUCUUCAAAGAGGCUGUCGUGCGAGCAGUGAGGCUCAUAAGACAAAACUUGAUGAUGCAGCGAAAGCUCUCUGGCUUGCUGGAAUGGCGUUCGGAGGUCACGGUGAGCAAGUUGCAGAUGGAGAUUGACCAGGAGGUCGAUUUGGUGCAGCAGCUUCGGGCACGGGAGUCGAAGACCGGAGGCAUGCAUUCACCAGCACCUGACGAGGCCGAGCUCGAGGAUCUUCGCCUGCAGUGCGCGGAGUUGGAGCGCCAGCUGCAAAAGGACGCUGACUCUGCGCAAGCAGAGCAGGCCCGCUUGCGAGCCGAGCUGCACGCACAGUUUGAGGAGGUGCACCUGCAUGAGGACGAGAGUGCGAGCCACGUCAACGAAGUGCAGGCUUUGGAGAUGUCUCUGGCCGAAGCCUGGCGGGCCGUCCGGCAGGAGAGCCAAGAUGCACGUGAUGCCCAGAGUGCGAGUAGCGGCACCGAGCUUCAGCAGAUGCUUCUUGCUGAAGAGCAGCGGUGCCAAGAAUUGGAGAGUGCCUGCGAAAGCAUGUCAAUGGCAGUGGCGGAAGCAGGUGAAACAGCAUCACGUCUCCACAAGGCUGAGACGGAGUUGUCGCAGCAAUGCCAGACCUUGAAAGAGGAGAAAGCGGAGCUUUUGUUGAUGACGGCUGCACGAAGCUCUGAGGAAGGCAUUACUCCGGACACAGAGAGCUCGGAGGAAAGCAGGAAAGUUCGAGCUCUGGAGCAGGAGAAUGAGACGCUCCGACUCAAAUGUACAGAAGCAGAGGAGCAAGGCUGCCGAGAAGAAGCAACGACUCGACGUGAGGAGGUGGAAGAAUGGCAGACUCGAUGCUCCGCCUUGGAAGCUGACGCGCGGAAGGCAGCGAGGCUACAGGAGGAAUUGCAGCUGAAAGCUGAAGAGUUGACCUCAUCACUGACGGACCUGGAGGUUACAAGGAAAGGUCAGGUCAUGGCCCAGGAACUUGCAGAGUCACUGGACAAGUCUUACAAAGAGCUGAAGUCCGAGUACAGCAACUGCCAUGCAGAGCUCUCGGAAGCCAAGAUGGAGGCUGAGAGGCUCAGGCAGCUACAGCCCGCACAGCCCGCACAGCCCGUACAGCCCGUACAGCCACAGCCCACUGCUCCCCGUGCCUCUCUCGUCGCAACUCAAGCGGGUGAGCCCGCCACCCUGGGUUCUACCGUGGCUGCUUUGCGUCGUGCCCGGGCCUCUUUGGCUGGCGAGGCCAUAGAAAGAGUUCCACAGGUACCACAGCAGGCGCAAGCAGAUCCAGGCCCUGGCGGCAGCCCUCCGGCGCGGGACGUGAGUGCGGGUCUGAAGGCACUGCAGCGCCUCAAGGCCGCUGCGGCGGGAAAGGCCAAGGUAGAGGCUGGGGCCGGGGCCGAGUCACCGCAGUCAAAGGCAGCCAGCCUCAUCGCGAACCGAAGCAAGGCCAGCAGCCUCUGGUUGAAAGCGGCGCAGACAACAAGUGAUGCAGCGAAGGAGUAG